AUGAACUGCCAAAAAUGCCGCCAGCCCCUUCGGCUGGACGGUUCCCUCGAGGAUCUUAACCCAGCCGCCUUUGAUGUUCUCGUUGCUUCGACAUCCCCGCAGACCCUUAAGAAAUCGUCUGUCCCGAACCCGACGCUUGCGCAGCCACACGAUCAAUCGCGAAAGUCACUAUAUGACAGGGUAUCACGGAAUGCAGGACCCCCGACGUUCAAACGCAAUCAUGGAGGACAUCCUCGCGACUCGUCCAUGUCUUUUGUACUAUUAUCCGAUUCACAAAUGGUCCGGCCAAACCCACCAUCAGAACCUCCUACGACACCAGCAGUACUGCGCCGUGCUAGCUCUAGCAAAAGCAAUGCGGAUAACCCCGAUGCGCCUAUGGGAAGUGAAAUGGAUAGAAUCAACCGCCUCUUUGCUGUGCUAUCCGCGCGGUCUGAUAUCGAUCAUCCAAUAUGCGUCGAAUGCACAGAGAUGCUUGUUGAGGGUCUACAAAAGAAGCUUGAGACUGCUUCGCGCGAAAGGGACUCAUAUGCCAAGCACCUGAAAGAAGUCAAAGCGAACAAACCAAGCGAGGAAGACAUGAAGGCACAGGAGGAAGCGCUGCGAAAGGCCGAACAGGACAGGGCUGCGGCCAUGGAGGAACUAAAGAAAUUGGAGUCGGAAAAGACUUCAUUGGACGAGGAGCUUGUGGCUCUUGAGGAGGAAUCACGACAGCUGGAUAAAGAGGAGGAGAAAUUCUGGAGAGAACGCAACGAGUUUGCUACCAGGAUGGCCGAUUUCCAGGCCGAAAGGGACAGCAUCAACGCUAAGUAUAGUAACGACUCGCAGCUUCUGGAGAAGCUACAGCGGUCUAAUGUGUACAACGAUACCUUCUGCAUUAGCCAUGAUGGCAGUUUUGCAACGAUUAAUGGCCUUCGGCUCGGACGCCUAUCGAACAAACCUGUGGACUGGCCUGAAAUCAACGCGGCUUGGGGACAUGCACUGCUGUUACUGGUGACAGUUGCAGACAAACUGGCAUACAGAUUCGAUGGCUAUGACCCGCAGCCUAUGGGCAGUACGUCCAGGAUCAUCCGAUACGAUAUACAGAGUCCUUCAUCCAGCCGACUAGGCAGUCGUGCGGUCACUGCACCCCCAAAGAAGCAUGUGCUCGAGUUGUACAGCUCCGGAGACAUGCCUCUCGGACUUACCUUUAUGCACCGGCGUUUCGACAAUGCAAUGGUGGGCUUCCUGGAGCUUGUGAGGCAGCUAGGCGCGUUUGUGCAUCGGCAAACGGAAGCCACCGGCACGCCGCUUAGUUUGCCGUAUAAGAUUGACGGUGACAAGAUAGGGGAUGUGAGUAUCAAACUAGGCAUCGCCCAAGAUGAUGGUUGGACCAAGGCGUGCAAGCUGACGUUGACUUGCUUUGCCUCCACCCUUUAUUUUCUUUUACACAACCCCAUCAUCUUCAUUCCUCCACAUCCACCCCUAUUCACAGAUAUCCGGGUCCUCGUCAUGGUGAGCUGCAACAACUGCGGCCAGGACGCACCUUUGCGAUGCGCUGGAUGCAAAGGCGCUCCUAUCUACCACGAUGGAGAAGAGCUCGCUGCCUCCUACUGUAGCCGUGAAUGCCAGAAAGCCGACUGGCCUCGCCACAAAACAGCUUGCCGCAAAAUGAAGCAACGCAAGUCUCUGCUCCGAGCAGUCACGCUUCUCAAGUCAACGAUGAUUUCCCAUCGAGAGGCUCAGUACAACUGGAACCUGACCAAGAUCGAGCCUCGUGAGAAAUCUUUGAUACUCAAGCUGAGUCGCAAGCGCUGCAGCCCCCUAAAGCCUAUCAAGUUUCCAGAUCAUCUCACUAGCAAUGAUGACCACAAGGAAGCGGCUCUGUUGAAACGCAUGGGCCUCAAGACACUGUGUGUUCUUGGGCCCAUGACACGAACCCUACUGCAAGGUAACGUAGACCCCGACCCUUCGUUCUCAAGUAACUUGCUAAUGGUUGUUCUAUACCUAGGCAUUGCAUGCAAUCUGGAGACUUUUAGAGUCAAAGUCACGAACCCACCCUACCCAGCUAUCCUGGACCCUGCUGAUCCAAAGGGCUUUUACACCUUUAUGGAUCCAGGAGAGCACAUGAUCGUCGUGGCGACUCUUGGUGCAAACGAAAAAUGGGUGGUUGAUAUCACAGGAUGUCAGUUUGGUUUCAGAGGCGUCCUAUUUCCGUUCGAGAAAUAUAUCACCGAAAAGCAUUGCACUAUUAUCGACACUCUUGGCUCUUACACGCAAAAUGAAACCUGGGACCAAGAGAACAUUAUGUCUCUUCUGGGCAGCCCACCACCGGAACAACGGGCCUUCAUCGCCAAGGAAAUAGAGGAUCGUCGACACUUUGCUGCUCUGGUCAAGGAACACGUCAACCGCAGCUUGAUUGAGGGCUCUGAUGCUGAAUUCGCCGCCAAGGUGCUUGACUUCUCCCAGAAGGUGAAGACUCACAUGUCGAGUUGUUAA